AUGGCCUGGCGCAUUCAUAUGAUAAAUGAGUCUUUGUGGGUUAGAUGGGUCCAUGGUGUGUAUACCAAAGGCGAUAACUUGGAGAUUUUCAAUGCGCCCAUCACGGCUAGUUGGGUUAUGAAGAAGAUCUGCUCCACCAAAGAUACUUUGAGGAAUUGGAUCUUUCAUGAUUCUUAUUCCAUUAAAGUUGUGUAUCAUGAGACUUUCAAGUCCACUCCAAAAGUUAAAUGGAGAUUUGUGGUUUGGAAUAGAAUGUCUAUCCCAAGACAUCUUUUUUGCUGUUGGCUCAUGGCUUUGGACAAGCUUAAAACUAAAGAUAAGCUCCAAGCUUUGGAUGUAACAACUGAUGACCUUUGCCCCAUGUGCAAUAUGAGUGCUAAGGAGACGGUUUACCACCUAUAUUUUGAUUGCCCGUUCAGCCAAAAAUGUUUAGAUGGUAUAGAAGCAUGGUUAGGUUUCAGAUUCAAGCACAUUGAUAAAAUGGAUUUCCGCAAACUCAAAUUGAAGAAGCUUCACCAACAAUUCAUGUGUUUCAUCUAUACUUGUACUAUUUAUGCCAUAUGGAGGAGUUGGAAUGUUGCUGUUUGGGAAAAUAUGGCGCCUACUCCUGGAUACAUGGUUCUUCAGAUCCAAUCGGAGAUUGUGCAUCGCCUCAAAGCAAUCCAUUCUUUUGUUGCUGACUUGCUGGGCUUUUGUAUAGCUUCCUUUUUUAGCUCUGUGUUUUUUGCCUCUCCUUACUAUUAUGCACAUGAAGUGUGGGGCGUUGCAACCCUUCCUAAAAGGUGGGCUUCGUUUCCAUACUGA